AUGAGUAAAAUUGUUGAGUUAUUGACCCAGCAUCCGGAAGUAGUCUUUAAAUUGAGUGAAGAUGAAGAUACUUCAAAUCAAUUCAACCAACUCGUAAAGAGCUUGUUGGAUCCUAUAACCAAAGAUCAUUCAGUACUUGAUGAAAUUUAUGUAGAAGGUUUGGAUGCUUCACAAGUAUAUGGACAAAGCAAAAUGGUUCUUGAAGGAGUAGGAGAAAGUUUGUUAUUCGAAAAGAUACCAGAGCUCAAAGAAAAGUAUGGGUUUAAGGCGGAGAGUGAUCAAGACGAAGAUGAAGAUGAGGAUGAUGAAGAUGAAGAAGAUGAAGAAGAAAGUGAAGAUGCUGUAAAUGAGGAUGUCCUAGAAAACGAAGAUUACGAAGAAGAGUCAGAAGUCGAUGGCCAAGAAAAUGAGUUCGAAAGUGAAGAUCAGGAGGAAAACGAAGCCAACAUACUGGAUGGUCUGGAAGACUUCCAAUCUGCUGAAGAAAACUACGAAUCGGCUGCUGAAGAUUCAGAUGAAGCUACUAAAGUUGCUUCUGACGACGACAAAGGUUCCUUCGAACCUGAAAAGGAUGUAUUUGGUUUGAACGAUGGGUUUUUUGACAUUGACGAAUUCAAUAGACAGUCUUUAGCGUUGGAAAAUGGAGAUGACGAGGACGAUAAUGACGAUGAAGAAGAAAUAGAUUUCUUUGCUGAUUUAAGUGAAAAUGAUGAAGAUGAUGAAGAGGAGAACAUGGCAUAUUUUGAUGAUUUCUAUGAAAAGCCAGGCAAACCUCAGUCCAGCAGUGGGCCAAAGAAAAAUGCUCAGCACAAAACAGAAGAAGAUGAAGAAGACUUUGAGUUUGAUGACAACGAAUAUGACAAAGCUAUGGGAUCAGCUAUGCUUGAUUUGUUUGAUGACGAGGACGAUAUUCCAAAGUCUAAGAACAACAGUAGUAAUCCGGAGAACCUCUCCUCAUUUGAGAAACAACAGCGCCAAAUUCAAGACGAAAUAGCUGGCUUGGAAGCAGAAUUGGUCGCGGAAAAGAAAUGGAACAUGAAAGGUGAAGUUUCGGCAAAAGAUCGCCCUCAAGAUUCAUUGUUGGAUGAUACUGAAUCUCACAACUUGGAGUUUGAAAGAACUGCCAAACCUGUUCCAGUAAUAACUCAGGAUGUUACCGAAUCUUUAGAAGAUAUGAUUAGAAGAAGAAUAAAAGAGGAGAACUUCGACGACUUGCCUAAGAGGUUACUUGCUAACGUAGCAUCAUUUCACAACAGACAAAAAUACGAAUUGAGUGAAACGAAGUCCUCGAAAUCUUUGGCUGAUAUAUACGAAGAUGAAUACAAGGGAACUGGAGACAGUCAAGCCGCUAGUUGUGAAAUUAGUGAAGAAUUACAAAAGCAACACGAUGAAAUCAGUGAAUUAUUUUCCAGUGUUACACAUAAGCUUGAUUCCCUUUGCUCAGCUCAUUUCAUACCGAAACCAAACCAAUUUAAACAAGUCGAAAUCAAGGUUACUGACAGUGGUGCAUCUGCAUCAGCUUCCAUUAAUAUGGAAGAUUCUCAACCAUUACACGUAGAAGGUGAUACUGCAUUAGCUCCACAAGAGGUUUAUAAGAUUGGUGAUGACAAGCCAGCUGCCGCUGGUAGAGAAGGCAAGAAAGAAGUUCAAUUGAAGUCUGGUUUGUCAUACUCUAAAGAUGAGUUAUCAAGAGACGAUAAGCAAAGACUCAGAAGAGCUUCUAAAAGGAAGAGAUCUAAGGAAUUUAACCAAAGGAAGGAGAUACGUGAACAAAGAGAGAAGCAGAACCCAAGCAAAACUGAGGAUGUACACGGUAACAGGAAGAGGGCAAGAGUGGGUGAAGUCAUUAGCACUUUGUCCAAGGCUAAGAAUGUUACAGUUAUUGGUAAAAAGGGUGAUUUAACUGAUGUCAAGGGACAUCUUAAGAAGAAGGAAGGUCCAAAGGGAUCAAGUGGAUUCAAACUUUAG